AUGCUUGUUGAUGAACCGGAAGAAGAUGAAGCUGAAGCUGAAACUGGAGCAGAAGGUAAUGUUGAAGGAGAUCAAGUUAGUUUGACUCCUGAGUCUGCAAAGUUGUUAAAAGCUAUCAAUAAAGAACUUGCAGCUGGUAAUGAAGAAGGUGAUGAUGGUGAUAAAAGCUCAUCAAGUUCGUCUGAUGAAGAUAUUGAUGAAACAGAACAAUCUCAAACACCUCCAUCAUCUGAUGGGAGGAAGAAGCAAUCUGCUAGAAAGAGAGUUGCUACUCUAAGAGCAAAGGGUUUGAAAAUUUUGUUAAAGAAGAAACCAUUUCAAAAACCAAGUAAACCACCAACACCACCACCAGAACCACAACAUCAACUAUCACCAAUUCAUUCACCACUUCAUCAAACACCACCAAGACAACCAUCACCAAUCCAAUCACCACCACAUCUAUCACCACCACAUCUUUCGCCACCACAUAUUCAUGUUGCUACACCUCCACACGAACAACAACCUGUUGUUACAUCUCAACAAUUUUUUCAAACACCUCCGUCCACACAACCACAUGUCCAAAUUACACCUGGUUCUUCUGGUUACAAAACAUUUCCAACUGUUCCAGAGGGUAUAACUCUUGAAGAAAUUGGAGAUUUUGGGUUUGCCAAUGAUGAACAAGUGAAGAGAUUAGAGAAGAAAAUGGAAGAGGUAUUGGUUGAGAAUAAGAAGUUGUGGGAUAGAGAAAGGAAGUUAGAGAAGCGUGUAAAGUCUGUGGAAGCUGAAAAUACUUCAUUAUUAAAGAAAAUUGAAGCUGAUCAGACAGAGAUUGAUAUUUUGAAAGUCAAAGUUGCAGAAUUAGAAGAAAAGAAAGCACACCGAUAUGAGAAAAAUAAGUACUUUGAGUUAAAAAAACAAAGAAUUGGAAGCUGCAAAAGCUAUGAAAGAACAUGA